AAUUCUACUGUGGUCUGGACUCAUUAUUCAUGUCAGUGUCCAUAAACAUCCUGGUUAUCAUGUGCAGUGACCGUUUUCUGGCCAUAAAGCGUCCCUUCCGAACGACCUGUUCGAAUCUGCUGCGCCGCGCCAUCUUCAAAGUGGCCAUUGCUCUUUUUGUUUCCACUGUCAUUACGAGUCCGAUGUUCUUUCUCAGCCACGCAGUGCGCAUCAAAUACAGGCCGGGAAAACUGAGUAGUAACACUCAGGGUAACUUUGAGAGCAGCCAGGGAAAUAAUAUCUCAUCUGGUUUGAUAACCCCAGGGGCGAAUAUAACUGAUGGGGGGCUUUUGUUCACACCAGGGUUCAAUCAAAAUAGAACGGGCGCGGAACAGUUCUUCCUAGGGACAACAAAUGACUCUCUCUUCUUAGGUCAUUUGGGCGGAUCGAACCAGAACCAAAUUGACACCAUCUCAAACAAUUCAACCACACAAUAUCACCCAAAUUAUGGCAACCCCCAAGGAUAUAAUGAAAAUAUAGACAAAUACAUUAAUCAACACGACCACCCGGGAGCUUCCAUUCGAACUGAGAGGGAAUUCAACCUUUACCCAGAUACCUCAGAUGCGGAUGGUAAUAAUAAUAGCCCAUUUGGGAUAAAUAAAUGGGGCAACAUUAUGGCUAAUUUAACUACCACCAUUUUACCCAAUUUGGGGGCACCGGUUGAAGAAAUUGAUGACGGUGAUAGCGAUAAUAGUGAUUAUGAAGAUAGAAAAGAGGUUUUAAGAUGCUACAUCAAACCACCAGAUGAUUGGCAAAGAAUCUACUUUGUGUUCCAGUACCUCUCAAUUUUCGUCAUUCCGGGAAUUCUGCUAACUUGGCUCUACCUUGAGAUGCUGCGUGAGUUUAGGACAGUCACUUCCGUUCUGUAUGAUACGCAGAACGAUACGGUCAAAAUAGAGAAUGACGAUUUAGCCGAAACCUCGAACAACCAAGCAUCCCAAACGGUCAAUGACCGCAUGAUUCAGUUGAAUCUAAGCAGGAAAAGAAAAGUGACCAGAAUCAUUUUGUUGAUCAUUGUUCUUUUCAUGGUAUGCUACUUACCAUUUAGCACUCUGGUUUUGAUCCAGAUGUUCUUCAAAAGUAUCCCCUGGCAGAAGUCUUGGUUCAAAGCUGUUCACUUCAUUUUUGUCACCCUCACCUACGUUAACAGCUGUGCAAAUCCAUUUCUCUACACCCUGCUAUGCAAAAGAUAUCGCAUAAUAUUCAUCAAAUACUUCCCCUGCAGAACUGUUAAUUGCUACUGCUUGCUGCCGGCCACAAGUGACCCAACUCCGACCUCGAUAAAAAAGAGGCGCGAAAACUUAGUCUACUCGGCCCGCAAACGAGCUGCGCGACCUGCUAUGAACAAUCCACGCAUGCAAAUGAUUUAUCAACAGCCCAUAGCUGAAACUCCAAUCGCCAAAUCAGCUUCGGGCGAACGCAAAAACCCGAUACCCACUCCACUCGACGACACACUCCGCAGAGCAGUCGUGGAUCCGAAUCAGCAGUUUCACGUCAUCGCCAUUUACAGGCCAAAAGCAGAUGACGAAAUUUAACUGAUUUCUAUUCUAAGUGUUCAUCGUUAUAUUUAUUUUAUAUAAAAAACUUAUAAUGGUAAUUUUGAAUUAGUAUUUAAUCAUUACAGUACACUAAUACAAAACAGUUUGUACUGCUUGAACAGCAACUAUGGAUACCCUUGAUACCUGUGAAUAAUUUUGAUCUACUGA